UAGAACGUUGUUUUGGAACGUCCGUCUCCUGCCUGUUUCUUUCACCACAUUUGGUGACCCGGACGUGAUCGCCAACUAGAACGGGUGAAAUGCAGCAAGGAGAGCCUUCGGACCCGCCGCCAGCCACUGUUGCAGCAGCCGCAGUCCGCCUUCCACCAUACUGGGACCGCAAUCCGAGAGUUUGGUUCCUGCAAGCGGAAUCACAAUUCCACCUCGCUGGGGUCACCACACAAGGUCGGAAGUACCACCACGUCGUCUCGGCUCUUUCACCAGCUGCCGCCGACGAAGUCUACGACGUUCUGGCAAAUCCCUCUCCAGCAACACCGUAUGACCAACUGAAGAAUGCUCUGCUCCAGCGCACCGAGAUUUCGGAACGCUCCCGCGUGCAGCAGCUUCUCUCGGCGGAAGAGCUCGGGGAUCGGCGGCCAAGCCAGUUGCUGCGACGCAUGACUCAGCUUCUUGGAGAGCGCUCUAACAAUCUGGACGACGUAUUCCUCCGCGAGCUGUUCUUGCAAAGGCUACCUUCCAAUGUUCAGAUGGUUUUGGCAACAGCAACAACGUUGGACCUCACCGGACUUGCCGCGUUGGCCGACGCCGUGAUGGAGGUGACCACUCCAUCGGUCGCCAGUGUUAUCGUGGCUCCACAGCAACCAACAGCCCAAGACUCUGGAACGGCCGCCAACAGCCAGCCUCCCCAGGCCAACAUCGAGCAGCUUUGCCAACGCUUAGAGGAGAUCGUCGUCGCAGCUACACGAGGCCGCACCCCCCACCCUCGUGAGUCACAUCGCAGACGUUCGACGUCUCGUCGGGCACGCGGCGAAUCGACAUCUCGUCGGACACGCGGCGAAAACACGCGAUCACCGAGCCCUGCCGGGGUCUGCUACUACCACCGCCGCUUCGGUGCCAACGCCCGGCAUUGCCUUCGCCCCUGCUCAUGGCAGGGAAACAGGCCGGCCGACCUCUAGAGGCGACGAGUGGUCAGGGCCCCGACGAAAGUCGCCUUUUCUACGUGUGUGACCGA